AUGUCUAGAUUUGACAAAAGGAAUCUGAAGGACACAUACUACUUUCGGGAAAAAUCCAAAAAAAUUGACAAAUCGGGAAAAUUCGAAAACGAUGACUGGUCAGAAGCAGACAAAUAUUUCGAUGAUAUAGGACAAUCACGAACGCCAAAUCGUAACCAAGAUGAUGAUGAUGAUGAUUUCGGCUUUGAGUGGGUGAAAGAUGAAAACAUCGGGCGAUCGAAAGCAAAGGGAGAUGACCUUCGAGGUACACGAACGGUAUACACCGGUAAAGAGGAGGUAAACCCAUACGGAGUUUCUUCAUCUUACAGUCGUACGAUUCCAGCAACCGUUGACAGAUACGAAAGCAACUACGGAAGCCCUUCUGAUCGCCGAACAACAAAGCGCGAACUUUCAACCAUAGCGGAGUCUGGAAUUUACGACGGUCUCGACGGUAAAUUUAGACUAGAUGAUAUCGGAGCAAGUCGACCAGGUGGGACUUCAUCAUUCGGUGCCAGUAUGGAUUACGGACGAAGCAAACGUGAUUACUACGACAAAUAUGAUACGUUCGAUUCACGCAGAAGUGACGACACUAUUUCAUUACCUCCCGAUAACUGGAGGAGUAAAGUGCUGUCAUCUGAUACUAAGGAUUUCUUCUCGAAUCAGUGGAGAAAGGUUGCUAUGCGCUCAAGUUUUGGAAAUGGGUCCUGUGCAUUUAGUUACAAGAAUCAAAAUGAUGGACCAAGUCCGAGGAAAAAUGACAACCACCAAAGACGUCCCAACUCAAAUCGACUACUUCUUAUUCUGCUCGUCUUUAGCUUUCUGGCUUGUGUUGUUGUGGCUGUGGUUGUUGUCCUGGUCGUUCUCCGACCUGGUCCAGAAUCAUCCAAACCUGUCGGUGGUGAGGCCAAAAUAGAGAUGAGGUUGAAUGGGACACUGACAGCAGCCGAGAAACAAAGUAAUUCAACAGAGAGAAGAAACCUUGAAGAAAAUAUUUGCAAUGAGAUGAAGAACAUUUACAAAAACGAUCAAAGUUCCCUUAAGGAUAGGAAUCCUGAAUGUCGAGUAGAAAGUCUUAGGACUGGGAGCAUUAUCGCAGUGUUUGUGAUCAGUGUGACAGGAGACACGUCAGGGAUAACCGAUGAGACGUUUAAACAGGUCAUUUUUACAGUACUGGGAACUACAUCAGGGCUGGCUUCGGCAGGCAAUCUAACAAUUGAGGUGGAAAGCAUAAGUGUUCUUUCAUAUACACCGAUUUUAUCUACAACGACAACAACCACAACUGACCCGGUCACCACAACAACCACUACUGCCACGCAAACCACAACAACCACUACUGACCCGUCAACAACAACAACCACUACUGACCCGCCAACCAAAACCACUACUGACCCGCCAACCACAAAAACCACUACUGACUCGUCAAUCACCACAACCACUACUGACUCGCCAACCACAACAACCACUACUGACCCGUCAACCACCACAACCACUACUGACUCGCCAACCACAACAACCACUACUGACCCGUCAACCACCAAAACCACUACUGACCCGCAAACCACAACAACCACAACUGAACCGGUCACCACAACAACCACAACUGACUCGGUCACCAUAACAACCACUACUGCCACGCAAACCACAACAACCACUACUGACCCGUCAAUUACCACAAACACUGCUGACCCGCCAACCACAACAACCACUACUGACCCGUCAACCACCACAACCAUUACUGACCCGUCAACCACCACAACCAUUACUGACCCGUCAACCACCAAAACCACUACUGAUCCGCAAACCACAACAACCACUACUGACCCGUCAACCACAACAACCACUUCUGAUCCAACCACAACAACCACUACAUCUCCGCCAACCACAACAACUAGUAUUGAUCCACCAACAACAACAACCACUACUGUACCGCCAAUUACAACAACCACUACUGGCCUGCCAACUAAAACAACCACUACUGAUCCACCAACCACAACAACCACUACCGUUUCGCCAACAACAACAACAACCACUACUGAUCCAACCACAACAACCACUACUUCUCCGCCAACCACAACAACCACUACCGUUUCGCCAACAACAACAACCACUACUGAUCCAACCACAACAACCACUACUUCUCCGCCAACCACAACAACCACUACCGUUUCGCCAACAACAACAACCACUACUGAUCCAACCACAACAACCACUACUUCUCCGCCAACCACAACAACUAGUGUUGAUCCACCACCAACAACAACCACUACUGUCCCGCAAAUUACAACAACCACUACUGACCCGCCAACCACAACAACCACUACCGUUUCGCCAACAACAACAACCAUUACUGAUCCAACCACAACAACCACUACUUCUCCGUCAACCACAACAACCACUACCGUUUCGCCAACAACAACAACCACUACUGAUCCAACCACAACAACCACUACUUCUCCGCCAACCACAACAACUAGUGUUGAUCCACCACCAACAACAACCACUACUGUCCCGCAAAUUACAACAACCACUACUGACCCGCCAACCACAACAACCACUACCGUUUCGCCAACAACAACAACCAUUACUGAUCCAACCACAACAACCACUUUUGAUCCAACCACAACAACCACUACUUCUCCGUCAACCACACCAACCACUACCGUUCCGCCAACAACAACCACUGCUGAUCCAACCACAACAGCCACUACUGCCCCUCCAACCACAUCAACCACUACCGUUCCGCCAAAUACAACAACCACUUCUGCCCCACAAACCACAACAACCACUACUGCACCGCCAACCACAUCAACCACUGCUGCCCCUUCAACCACAUCAACCACUGCUGCCCCGCCAACCACAACAACCGCUGCCGUUCCGCCAACCACACCAACCACUACUGACCCGCCUACCACGACAACCACUACUGCCCAGCCAAACACAUCAACCACUUCUGCCCCGCCAACCAUGACAACCACAACAGUUUUAUCUACAACAACUCAAAACACAACUACUACAACGACCUCAACAACAACUCCAUCCACAACUACCACACCCAUCACAACAACUACAUCGUCUACAACUACCCCUCCGAUCACAACCACACCUCCAUUUACAACCAUCACACCGACAACAACCUCAAUUGUAUCUACAACUACUACGCCAACCACAACCACUACACAAUCCACAAAUACCACAGCUUCGUCCACAACUACGACUUCCAGCAUAUCUUCUACUCAAACCGCAUCCACAACAACUCCUAUUACCUCGACAACAACAUCGUCGACUACUGUCACGACAACUCUCAUUCCGUCAACAAACACAACUGCAGUGAUGACUUCAACCUCUACUGUCACCUUUACUCCACCAGUCAUCGUGAUGAACAACGUCACAGUAGUCAUAUACCAGCCUUUGGAGAUGAUAUGUGUAGUCAGCAACAUGCCAGACGACUGGACUGCAUUGGAAAUUUCCUCUGUCGUCAGAGGUCCGAUCGCAACACUUAAAGUAACAGGAGAUGUAGUAGAACAUGUGCCUAGUGCUUUUAUGGUCAGUGUAUCCAAAGCUGAUACUAUUGCCACAGUGAACGUAUCCAUGGAUGACAAGGAAUCACACUGCUUAGACAAGGGUGUGUUUACCUGUAUCCUAACAACAACAAGCCAAGGAAACUUCACUGGCACCGCGUCUCUCGGUAUCACAGCACACCCUACCAGUGAAAUCAAUACAACAUCCCCAUACAUCGAAGGAGCGGAGGGCACCAUCACAUGCAGCGGCGAAAUAUCAACCGGAACAGGAAGCCUAUUCCUUUACACAAAGUCCCCCGGCGGGUCAGAGUUCAAAAUGUACGAUGUCGUGACUCCAACAGUAACAGAUGGAGCUGAGACGUCAAAUUGUACAGUUGCAAGAACUGUAAAAUAUACGUUUACUCCUAGCAUACAGUUCAAUGGGACCAUGGCUAAAUGUGUUGCCAAUAAUUCAGCACUGAGUGGGUCGUCUGCUAGUUCUUCUACGGCAUUGAUACGCGUGGAUGAAGCAAACAUAUCAUUCAACGAGUAUAACCGGCGAGAGGAGGUCGGGAGUUCUGGAAUAAAAAUUGGCUGUAAUGUACGAAAUGCGCCUGGCUGGACAAAUGUUCAGGUGGUGAGGAUGACAACAGGCUCAGCUAAUGUGACAUCGAUAUUUAGCAAAGAUAAAGGUGGAACCCCGACUCAGCCCUUGGCCCCUCGCGUGACAUACGAACACAAUGAAGAUGACACGUCGGUUUCCGUCACCAUGACGCUAGGAACAUUGAAUUGUGAGGAUCGUGGAUUAUACACAUGUAGAGCUAUUGGAACCACGAAUACACUCGCCACUAACAUGACCUUUGAGAUAUUCAGAAAUCCUGGAAUACCUUCACUGACACUAAAUGCUGAUCAAAUUCAGGAUUUGAUGUUUCAUAGGGGCGGGUUUGAACACGAGUGUCGGGGAGAAACUGGAUUCCCUUCAGGAAACAUUUCUGUUCUUUACAAAAUGAAAGGACAGUCAUCAUUUGUACCAUUCGCGAGCAACCGUAUCAUACAAUAUGCUACAAACACUAACGAAACCAGUUGUGGAACAACCAAAUUUUUCAAGUUUGGCCUUAACUUCACGUCACAAGACGAAGAUGGACAGGUAAAAUGUGUCAUUACCAACCAGGAAUUAGGGAUAAAUACGGAGUCGGCAGUGGGUACCAUAGAACUUAUUCCACGGUAUUAUUGUAACACAACGAGCGCCCCGAAGUACCUACAUCACCCGACAAACUGUAACAAGUAUGUACAAUGUGAUUCCAAAUACCCAUACGGCAGCCAAUGUGCUACUGCCGAGUGUGCCAAUGUAAAUACCAACAACGUUCAGUGUGGUGGUUGUGAGGGAGUUAUCUGUCCUUGGAACAUUACAACUACGACAGCAGGGCCAACUACAACUACGCCGCCACCGCCGUCUUCUCGGUACAUCAACUGCACCGAUGAAACGGCUUUCAUAGGGACGCCUGUAACCCUUACUUGCAAUAUGUCAGUGAGUUUUAACUAUAUCAACGUAACGAAGGCGACAAGAUACGUAGCAGACGUCAUUUCCAAUGGAACGGUGAUAAAUAGGAAUCUGAAGGCUGGGGAACACGUGACCUUCACUCAAUCGUCCCUGAAGAUAUCCUACGAUAGUACAGAAUGUGAGGAUGCCGGACAACUUACUAUUUAUAUCCAAGAAACUGGAGGAAGCAAUGAAUCACAGGCAGUAUCACUUGUUUUAUGGGCUACACCCAAAACGAAUCCAACGUUAACCUUACCGAUUCGAAUUGCUACCGGACUUCCUCUUUCACCUGGGGGUUCGUGUUCUGGCGAAGUGGGGUACCCACAUGGAGAGAUCGGUCUACAGAUAAAAUUAGUCGGAUCAAGUUCUUAUGUCGAUUUUACGGGAUUCACAUUAUCAGAAAAAACAUCUGAGGGCAACUGUACAGUAACAAAAAAAGAAAUGUCCUUCAGCGGAACGCCUACUUCAGCAAUCAACGGGUCAUACAUAAGAUGUGCCACAAGUCACCCCGAUACAAAUGAUAUUCUAUUUUCCUCGGAAGGGAUGGUUUUUGUUAUUGAUGGGAAUAUGUGCAAUGGGCUUGCCGAUGGUACAUUUCUCUAUCAUCCAUACAGCUGUGGUUUUUACAUAAUUUGUUCUGCUAACACGAUAUUUGUCAGUCAAUGUGGUAGCAGUGCACCGUGCAUAAAAGUUGGGGAAAAUUCUGCUCACUGCGAUACGACAUGUGACCACUGUCCAAGUUAUCAGACUAUUAUACCUAAUGUACCAUAGAUCAUGUGACACAACAUGGCACAACGAUGAAUCUAAGCCCUGAGAGCGAUCAAAGGUCUGCAUCGAAU